AUGUGUUUGGCAAAAGCUUGGUUAAACAUUUCCGAGGAUCCAUACACCGGAAACGCCCAAACGGACGGAUCGUUUUGGAAGAAGGUGAAGUAUGAGAUGGAUAAACACUUGAACCGUGAUUCGGGACGUAGCAUGGAAAUGUGUCGGUCAAAAUGGAAGGAUUUGAAGCAUAAGAUGUCGGGUUUUUGUGGUAUCUACAAUGUCAAGAAAAGUAAGAUGCUGAGUGGCCAAAGUGAGGCGGAUGUGUUUAAGGCGGCUGUGGCAUUGUAUAUGCGGAAAUACAAUAACAAGUCAGGGUUUCCGCAUGUAGAGGCGUGGCAAAUUUUGAGGAAAAGGCCGAAAUGGGAGGAGGUUCUUACCUUGGAGGGGAUUUGUGAGGAGUCGGGUAGCAAAAGGGCAAGAACGGGAGGGUCAAAUGUCAAUGUCCGUUCAUCGGGGGAGGUAUCGGUCCAUAUUGACUUGAAUGAGGACCAGUUGGAACAAGAAGAUGAGGGUGGGAACGACAUCGAUGCACCAUUACAUCCUGCUAGACCCGUGCCACCCCGUCGUAGAGCUAAGGGUAAGCAGCCAUCUACAUCCGCCUCCACCACAUCUGAAGAAUUCUUAAAGAUGGUCGCCAGGUUGAAAUGCGACAAUGAGGAUAAAAAGUGA